UGAGUUUGAAGAGGAAAAAUAUUCGUAAAAAUCCCCGUAAUUCCGUCUCUAAACACUCACGCAAUCUGAGGAAAUUAUUUUGUGAGAAAAUCGCCGUUAAAUUCCCGCGCGUCGCGCCACGUCUCGCCUAUCGCUCUCACGAGGCAACGAAAGUCGGCCAACGUCAGGUAACACGAUCGCAGGGUAAACGAUUUGCCAGUCUAAUCGUUUCAACGUCAUCGCACGUAUAUAUAAUUCGCGUUGCUUUUUAAACCAAUUAUUCGACGCAUCGCGGCAAUGCAAUGAUCUCGCGCCCGCGGACGUUCGCCGAUCAAUGUCACGCGUGUCGAUCCGUCACUGGGCAAAAAUGCGAAUGGGCGUAAAAUCGCCGGCGGGCCCGACGACGUCGUAGGCCGCGCUUCCCAACUAACCUACAACCUCUAAUGAGAUGCGUCGACAUCGGGGUGUGCUCGUAGAUACCGCGUAUCGCUCGUAAAAGUGAUCAGUCAUGAGUCGCGACGUCCGUGCGUGCCGUUCGACGACGACGUGGAUAGAAUCCGAGGCGAUCGCUGACCGCGCGAGUUCCGGAUCGCACCGCUUAUAGGUUAUCUCCGGAUCUCUGCAGCAGUUGACGGUAACGAUACUACGGUCACGUACGUAUUUACGCGCGACGCGCAUCCCAAGUGUCGUUGCGAAUACUGCGCGUAAACGUAUGCGGAAUUUCUCCACGGCAUAUCACGGCAUACGUCAGUCCGUCAUGUGUCUUGCGAAGGUCAAGCCGUUUGAACUCUUCCUACCUAGAGUUGGCUUUUGUCUCGGUUUCAAACAGCAAUACAAAAGAUCAAGUGUGACUAUCUUUUGGAGGAAUUUUUGAAUUACAUAAGUAAUUGUUGCAAUGUGCUUGUGACUAAAUAUAAAUCUUUUACAUUGGUAAAAUAAUGCUUAGAAUCAUCGUAUAUCUUUGUAUAACCUGACUGUAAAUUUUGAAAAUGCAAGCCAAGAAACGCUAUCUAUUAUUAUUUGUAACAUGUGCGUUUCUUGGUUACUGUUACUUUGGCGGAUAUCGUUUGAAAAGCGAAAAAUGGACAGGCAGAUCUCAGUUGCCUUACGAGCGAUUGCCUUCAUAUUUAAGUCUAAACGAGGAAUUCUAUGACAAAGAUUUAAAGACAUCCAGCGGGAGUUUAGCUAUGUCUCAACGUGCAAAGCAUUGCCGCAUGGAAACCUGUUUUGACUUUACCAGAUGCAAGCAAGGUUUCACUGUAUAUGUAUAUCCAAUUGAGGAAGCGAUAAGUCCGUUAUACCAAAAAAUAUUAAAUGUUAUCACAGAGUCAAGAUAUUACACAUCAGACCCUGCACGAGCAUGUAUAUUUGUCUUAGCCCUGGAUACAUUAGAUAGAGAUCCUUUAUCUACUGAAUUUGUACACAACCUUCCUUCUAAACUGUUGCAUCUGCCAUAUUGGAAUAACGGGAGAAAUCAUCUGAUAUUUAACUUAUAUUCUGGUACAUGGCCCGAUUAUUCAGAGGAAUCGCUGGCUUUUGAUAUGGGUUAUGCGAUACUUGCUAAAGCCAGCAUGUCCAUCUUUAGACAUAGAUCAGACUUUGAUGUAUCGAUACCUCUAUUUGGAAAACAACAUCCGGAACGUGGUGGAGAACCCGGUCAAGCGUUAGAAAAUAAUUUUCCUAAUAAUAAGAAAUAUGUGGCAGCUUUUAAGGGGAAACGAUAUGUCCAUGGUAUUGGAUCUGAGACAAGAAAUGCUCUCUAUCAUUUACAUAAUGGCAAAGAUUUAGUAUUUGUUACAACCUGCCGACAUGGAAAAGCUUGGAGAGAAUUUCAGGAUGAACACUGUCAGCAAAAUAAUCAGGAAUACGAUACAUACGACUAUGAGAUUUUAUUAAUGAAUGCGACAUUUUGUCUGGUUCCGCGAGGACGACGAUUAGGCAGUUUUCGAUUUCUAGAAGCCUUGCGAGCAGGAUGUAUUCCAGUUAUUUUAAGUAAUGGCUGGGCUCUUCCCUUUCACGAGCGUAUCGAUUGGACUCAAGCUGCCAUAUUUUCCGAUGAGAGAUUAUUACUUCAAAUUCCAGAUAUAGUACGUUCCGUUUCCAAUGUACAAAUUCUUAAAUUGCGACAGCAAACGCAAUUCUUAUGGGAGAGAUAUUUUUCAUCUAUCGAGAAAAUUGUAUUCACCGCAUUUGAGAAUAUUCGCGAGCGUUUGCCAUGGGAAGGAGCACGAGAAAGAAUUGUCUGGAAUACUAGUCCCGGAGCAUUGGUGAUUUUGCCACAAUUUGCCGAUAGUCAACAAGAACUUCCUUUUUCAAAUAGUAAUCCUGGUAAUACUUUCACUGCCAUAAUCUAUUCGCAAUUAGGAUCUACUGCAGUUCUUUAUCGCCUGCUUCGGAGUCUCGCAAAAAGCAAAUACCUAGAUAAAAUAAUACUUAUGUGGAAUUCGGACAUUCCGGUGCCAAGAAAACCACGUUGGCAAGGUAUCAAAGCGUCAAUUCAUAUUGUCGCAGUUGAUGGUAUAUCUCAACGUUUUUAUCCUCAUCCUCUAAUCAAAACUAGUGCCAUAUUGUCGCUCGAUGAAGACGCUACUCUAAAUACUGACGAGAUUGACUUCGCUUUUACGGUUUGGCAAUCAUUUCCCGAUCGAAUAGUAGGAUAUCCAGCGAGAUCUCAUUAUUGGGAUGACUCAAAGCGUUCCUGGGGUUACACCAGUAAAUGGACAAACGAUUAUAGUAUUAUUCUUACUGGUGCGGCUUUCUAUCAUCGUUACUACAAUACUUUAUAUACAGAGUUAUUGAGCUCGACCCUCCAUAAGACUGUGGAACAGUCGCAGAAUUGCGAGGAUAUACUUAUGAACUUUUUAGUGAGUCAUGUUACACGAAGACCGCCCAUCAAAGUGACGCAGCGUAAGCUGUACAAGGACACUACGGUAGCUGGAAUCAGGUCCCCGUGGAACGAUCCGGAUCAUUUCAUACAACGGCAAACUUGCAUGAAUACAUUUGUCGCUGUUUUCGGAUAUAUGCCUCUGUUGCGAUCUAACAUGCGACUGGAUCCCGUUCUGUUCAAAGACUCUGUAAGUAAUCUACGCAAGAAGUAUAGGCAAAUUGAAUUAGUUAGCAACUAGGAUUGUAUAUGCUGUGCUCGAUUUUUUACGCGCAACUAUUUAAUUUUACAAGCACGCUUGAUGUAAAAUUGCGAUACGAUACUAGAUCUGUUUUUUUAACUUACUUAUCUUUUUUUGCGUAUUUAAAACAGAAAAAAGUUUAUAUUGAGGAUUUUAAACAGAGAAAAACGAAAAAAAAGUAUAGUUAAAAAAAGCAAAUCUAUUAUUCGCCUUAUCUGAUUUACCAUCUACGUGCGAGUGUAAAAUGUAUAGGGAACAUUUAAGCGUUUACGAUCUACGCUAUAUUAAUGUCGGGCAAUGAAUCAAAGUCCGUUAUCCAGCAAGGACACAUAGUGAUAUCUUGCGAUUUAUUUGUGAGUACUUUUGUACAAAAUGUAGAGCAAAUUGUAGAAUUGUAACAAUGCAUUUUCUAUUUGAUGAUGUCUCGCAUAGCUUUUAUCUGCUGUGAGGCAACAUUUAAUUGAUGUACAUACAAAUCGUUUUAUAAUUAUUAAUAAGAAAAAAAUUAUUUAAUAUAAGCACUUGGACUUUUCACAUACUGAUCAUUGAGAUAAUUUAAAUCAGUUGAUAGAAUCAUUUAAUCGGUUCGAUAAAAAUAAAAGAAAAGUUAAAAUCAAAUUUUUCUGAUGGGCGUGUUCUUACAUUGAUUAUGUUGCUAAUGCUUGAAAUAUAAGAAGCAAGCAAGCAGAUAUCGUUUGUAUAUGAUAUUUUUUUAAUUUUGGAGAUUUGUAUAUGCUUUUUUAUCUAAACAAAUGUAUUUCGUACAAUUCUUCUUAGAUUUGAAAAAUGUCAGAGAAAUCGAAAAAGUCUAGAAUAGACUUUGUUAAGUGCUUUUAGUAGUGGUGACGUGAAAGUCAAUAUUUGUAUCAUGGAAAGAGGUGGAGAGAGAAGCAAGAUUCGUUUAUAUAUAAGAUAAUUGUAAAGAUAUUAGGAUUU